AUGGCAGACGAGGGCGACAAAGCCGUUCAGGUGAAGGAGGUCGUGGAGGAGACUGUGCAGACAGCCCAGGAAACGGAGCUCCUGGACGAGGUUCUUCAGCAAGCCCUGGAGACUGUGCAGAAAUCCCGAGAGCGUCGCAAGUGCAAAAGGCAGCUCUGGGUGGAGGACCAGUUCCUCAAGUUCCCCUGGCUUUCCACCGCCUUCCUCACCGAGCUGCUACCAAAGAGCUCGAGCUGGUUCCUUCCCAAAACAGAUUGGGAAAAAGAAGCCUGCACAGCCCGUCGUGUGCUGAGACUGUUGACAACAGUUCGUUUUGGCCUCAAGCUACGGCAGCUGGCUGCCGCCAAGGGCGGUCAGUAG